GUUUCUCUAACUCGUUCUUUUCUUAAUUUUGCAGACUGCGAUAACCACCCUCUCACUCUCCCUCAAAACUUCCAGAGAAAAAUGAGCCGUGCAAUGGUCCUUUCCAAGGAAAUUACUCUCAAAGGACAUGAACAUGAGUCAAAACCCACUUUCAACUUCGAAUCCUACAUGGUCCAGAAAGCCAUUUCCAUCAACCAAGCCCUCGACGCAGCCAUUCCAUUCAAAGGUCAUCACAAUAAGAUCCAAGAAGCCAUGCGCUACUCCCUUCUUGCAGGUGGCAAGCGAGUCCGCCCUGUCCUCUGCAUUGCUGCCUGUGAACUCGUAGGUGGCACCGAGUCCAUAGCCAUGCCCGCUGCCUGUGCUAUCGAGAUGAUACACACCAUGUCAUUGAUCCACGACGACCUUCCUUGCAUGGACAAUGAUGACCUCCGACGAGGAAGGCCCUCGAGUCACAAAGUUUUUGGUGAAGCUGUUGCUGUUCUAACCGGCGAUGCACUUCUAGCCUUGGCGUUCGAUCACAUAACAUCAGUUUCCACAAUGGGCGUGCCUCCCACAAGGGUAGUUCAUGCGAUUAAGGUGUUGGCCAAGUCAGUAGGACACGAAGGACUCGCUGCUGGGCAAUUAGCCGAUAUAAGUUCAGAGGGUCUCUCAGUCUCUGAUAUUGGAUUGGAACAGCUUGAGUUCAUUCAUCUGCAUAAGACUGCAGCAUUGUUUGAAGGGACAGUAGCAGUGGGAGCUAUUUUGGGAGGUGGGUCUAAUGAGGAGGUUGAGAAGUUGAGGAGGUUUGCGAGGCAUAUUGGGUUGCUGUUCCAGGUGGUGGAUGACAUUCUUGAUGUGACAAAGUCGGCCCAAGAGUUGGGGAAGACUGCGGGCAAAGACUUGGUUGCAGAUAAGAUUACAUAUCCGAAGCUAAUGGGGAUCGACAAGUCUAGGGAGUUUGCUGAAAAACUGAACAAGGAAGCUCAGGAUUCGCUCUCUGGGUUUGAUUCAGUGAAGGCUGCGCCAUUGUUUGCUCUCGCGAAUUGUAUUGCUCAUAGGCAAAACUAGUGCAAUACUAGACUACUCUACACAAUAGUAAAGUAUAAAGUCUAUAUAGG